CGCGCAUGUGCAGAGUGGUGCAGCGAUUGCGCGGGUGGCGCCCUCGAAUAUGAACGGCAGUAUUGGUGAAUCCAGAGGCCCCGUAACAGGACAAAGCCCAUGCCCUCCCCUGUAAUGCCACAGGGUCGGUGGUAUCCUCCCGUGUUCACCAACUCUCAGUUUAAAAAAAUUUAUCCAUUAAAUCCCACGUCUCAACCCCCCUGUUGCCCCUCACUGCAAUCACAACCCCCCGAAAUAGAACAAUUACCCCGUGGUGAAUGAAGAGGGAGAGAAAACGUCGGAGGAAAAAAAAAAACGUGCGAUACAGUGGGCCAAGAAUAAUGCGUGUGUGUUACUGUGAUAAAACCCAUAGGACAAGGAAGUGUUGAGGUUUCAUGUGCUGUGGGGGUGGGGGGAGGGGGGCAAUGAAAAAAAUAAUAAUUCAAAAAAAAGGAGUGAAGUAUCUAGGAUAAUACGAGGACGAGUGAGAAAAUCAGCGAGGGGGGGGACGAGGCCUGAGGAGAGAGUGAACUACAGAACAAACGUUCUGCAGAUACAUUUCGUAUAUGGCGUAUUUUGUAACAAAAUGUGAUACAUGGUCAGUAAGGACUACUCUGUACUUCCAAUGUCACCAUGAGAUGCAUCGAGAUUUAACGGAGCUUGUAGUUAACAAUGAGAAGGAUGAGGUGGAAAAAUGAUGGAUAACGAGAUGGGAAACUUACAGGACUUAUGCUCCACGCAUUGAUGGGUAUAUGCUUUUCCUGUAGGAGACCCACUAGCUGUCGGCUUAAUAACAAGAUUUCUGAGCACAUAUCGGCAUCGGUAACACCCCUCCAUGUUUGUCUGGAGGAGCAAGGAGGAGCAGAACUGGGCUCGUGUGACGCCGUGGCUCGCAGGGCACAGGUUAAAACAAGUGAGCAACUGGGGGAAACAACUAGUGUUAAAUCGUGGGAGACCGAGGUAGGAUUUACCAGGGGUGGAUGUGAGGAUUGGGGACAACAGCAAACCAUGGCCAAUACCAUCAGCAAUAUGAAAAUGACAAACCCCAUCAAGGGGCUUGUCAGCAAACGAAGAAAAAGGUUUACUGAAGAUGGAUUCGACCUGGAUCUCACCUAUAUAAGAGAUAAUUUAAUAGCGAUGGGAUUCCCUGCGGAAAAACUCGAGGGUGUGUACAGAAAUCACAUAGACGAUGUGGUAAAAUUUUUAGAAUCCAAGCACAAGGAUCACUACAAAAUUUAUAAUCUCUGUUCUGAGAGAUCGUAUGAUUGUAAAAAAUUCAAGCAGCGUGUGGCAACGUACGCAUUUGCCGAUCACAAUCCACCGAAAUUGGAGCUGAUAAGGCCAUUCUGCGAGGAUGUGCAUGCCUGGUUGUCGCAGGACAGAAAAAAUGUUGCUGCUGUUCACUGUAAAGCGGGAAAGGGUAGAACUGGUGUGAUGGUGUGUUGCUAUUUGCUGCACAUCAGGCAAUUUGCCACUGCACCUGACGCACUCAAUUUUUACGGAAUUAAAAGAACGACUGAUAAAAAAGGUGUUACGAUACCUUCGCAGAGGAGGUACGUGGGGUACUACGCUACCUUGGUACAGGAGAGCUUGAAUUAUCAACCCAUAACUCUGAUACUGAGGAAGAUACUGUUGGAUCCAGUACCGAUAUUUAAUGGGGGUCAAGGCUACUUGCAUUUUGUGAUAUGGGAAUCCGAGAAGCGAAUAUUUAGCUCAGAAACAAUUGAAGUUAGAAAAGGAAUGCCGUCUAUAUCAAUUUCGAUUGAUCAUAAUGUUCCAUUAACUGGUGACAUUCGUGUAGAUUUUUUUAAUAAAAAGCCAAAAAUGAAGAGAAAAGAGAAAAUGUUCCAUUUUUGGUUCAAUACAUUUUUUGUACGUGAUUACUUGCCACCUGAUUACGGUGAUAAUGGUGAAUUGCCAGGGGAACGUUCGACGAGAGCACUAAGUUGUGACGGUACUGCCAUGGAAUUGCCAAUGGUAACUUCACACUCAAAAGCAAGGACCAGUUCAUUGGCGAGUCUUGGCCCAAAACCACCAACACUGGUACUGGCUAUUGACAAAUGGGGAUUGGACGAUGCGCAUAAAGACAAACACCAUAAACUUUAUAGUGCGGAUUUUAAGGUGAGUUUACUGAUGCAUCGACAGUGGGAAGUAACAGGAAGUGGUAUAACCCAGACAGUACCAACAAUGGUCCCCAGAGCGGAUGUACAAAUAGGUAUGAGUGGACAGGAGACACCGAGUGAAUCGAGUGAGGCUGACAGCAGUGAAUGUGAAACAACGGGUGACGAGGACGGAUGGGAAUCAGGUGAGUUCUCACUAUCACUCGUUGCUAAACGUCAAUCAAUAACGCACAGCAUUAGCCGUACAACACAUCACCAACAGCCACAACAACAAGAACAACACAACAGUACUAGUCCAAUGGGUAUGACGGGUGAUAAUGAUAAAAAUCAACAGAGUGCUGAUGAUUCAAAUGCCUCUAACUUAUUCACGAGAUCAGUAACACUCACAGAUACAUGAUUACCUGCUCUACAUAUUUUUUUUUAUCCUUUCUUGAUCAAUUGAUUUAUCGAUUGUAAGAAAUUCAUUGUCUGUGGAUAUAUUUGUUUAUUAUUAUUUUCUAUUCACACGAAAAAAAAAAACACUUUUCGCAUUUUGCUCUCUUGUUAUCUUUGUCACGCACACAUCGAGUCUAUCCAGAGUUUGAGGGAGAGGGAUUUUUAGUUUGUGGUUAAAAAUAAAAAUCACCUUUUCAUAUCAGCAGAGAAGAUGUGUUGGUUUUUGGGGAAUAUCUGGGGAUUUACGAGAGAUAUCGAAAUUUUUGGUAGGAGCUUUUUUGGAGACGGAAAGACCAUCUUUGAAAAAGAUUAUUAUGAAAAUUUCAGUAUUUCGAUCAGGUGUGGAGAUAUUCGUCGAUAACCAACUUGUCAAUUCGAUGCCGAUUUUAUCAAACUUUUGGAGCACAAGUUUUAAUUCACCCUGGGAUUCAGGCAUGCACUUGUAGUUGCGUAUAAUGGUAAAGUGCACAUACCAUUCACAUAAUUUAACAAUCCUCAGAGUUAAGUAUCUGUAGAUGGAAUUGCUUGUUUCGUUUUAUUUCUAAGACUGACUCUAAACGUUCCGUUGACUCGUCGUAUUCGAAGGGAAAUUAAAUUUCUCCCUAAAUUCUUAAUUAACUAUGCCAUUUCGUCGAUUUAUUGAUGAUUGUUGUUUUAUUUAAUUUUAAUGACGAUACGAUCGCGCUAAUCUCUGUACAAUGUGCACUAGUUUAAUCUACUUAUUAGAUUAGUUGAGCGUUGAUUAAAUAUUUAUGAUUGAUGCACUCUCAACUGUCUCCAGUGUAAUCAACUACCGACGAUUUGAAUUCCCUGGGAAUUAUCGAGUGGAAUUUAAUUACAUUAUGAAUUCAUUGAUUCUCGGUCUGUUGGCUUUUGAUUGGCGAUUUAAAAGAUAAAUAAUUGCGGUAAAGUGGUCUACGGAGUGAACAAAAGGAAUUUUUGUGAUGUAUUUUAAUUAGAUUUUAUUAUUUCGGGGUAUUUACUGAUUUUUUAUCAUCAAUUCCAGAGCUGGGGAAUUCACUGAUCGAUUUUAUCGUUUAAUAUUCUCAUUUUUAAUCGAGAAAAUUGAAUAACGAUUAAUCGAAUUUUCCAGUCGAAUUUUCCAGUCGAAAUUUUUCCUGAUUACAUGUGGAAAAUUCAUAAAAUUAAUUGUAUAAAUUUAAUUGAAUGUCCAGCUCUGAUGAAUUACGAUUGCGCGGGACAAUCUUAUUACGGAAUAUUUCAAAUUAACUCAAAGUUAUGGAUACGAAUUAAUUAAUUAUUGUACAAUGAUUACGUUGUGAUAUUAUAGUGUUACGAAUUGAUUUGUGUGGAUGAAUUUUCCUCGUCUCAAUUCCCAUUUUAUUUAUCAAUAAUCGUUUGACGUAUGAGCACGUGGGAUUUAAAAAAAAAAUCAUUUUGGUGCACACGAUUUGUUAUUUGUCAUGGUUUUCCCUGGUUGAGCAUGAAUGAUCACAUGCAUGAGUAUAAUGUAUGAUCGCACAGAGAGAAAUUGGAUAAAAUUUAAUGAGUCGAUUUGCUAUCGAAUCAUUAUGAUAUAUUUUUUUUUUCGGAAUGAGAUUUCAUCAUUAAAUGGGUAAACGUUGAUUAUUUGAAUUGAAUCAGUAAUUAUUGGGGUACUGAUUAUACGGAUUAUUUUAAUUUAUCUGUUGUUGAGUUGCCGAUGAUUUUUCAUACGUCUCGUACACGUCAAAAAUGAGAA